AUGCAGGAAUCACAGGAGAAAUCGCUACCGAUCAAAACGGGAUCAUCGCGCGGUGUAUCGAGGGUGCUGGACAAACUGAGAGCUUCCAUUGAAUCGAAGAACUUCUAUGAAGCACAUCAGAUGUACCGCACGCUUUACUUUCGGUAUGUGUCGCAGGGGAAAUAUGACGACGUGCUGGAACUGCUGUACGACGGUGCGCUGACGAUGUUGGAGCACGAACAAUACAGCAGUGGUGCGGAUCUCGGUCUGUUGAUUAUACAAACACUCGAAAAGGCUGGCAUUACUGGUGGAUGUAGUGAGCAGUGGAUGAAACGGCUUACAGAGCUGAUUGGCAAAAUUAAACCAAGUAUCGUCGAUCGGGAAACGUUGCUCGAAAAGGCAAUGAAAUGGAGCGGUUCGCUCGUGAUGUCUCCGACCGGACAUCCGCUGAUGCACCAGCUGUACGCGCAGAUACUUUAUCGGGAGAGUGAUCUCACUCACGCCCGUCAUCACUUCGCCCUGGCUAGGGACGGUACCAGUUGCGGGUUUCUGCUGAUCGAAAUCAGCCGCACAAAAGGUUUCACCAGCGAGAUCGAUCUGUUCGUCGCCCAUAUUGUACUGCAGCAGCUUGCCUUGAAGGAACCGACGGUUGCUGCAGAUACGUUUGCGACGUACUGUAAAUUUCACACGGGCAUCGCCUGUACCGAUCCACCGUUCGCCUUUCCGCUGUUGAACUUUCUCUUUUUUCUGCUGCAGCUGGUCGAGCAGAACAAUCGCAAGUAUGCGACGUUUCGGGCGCUCUGCGAGCUGUACAAACCAUCGCUCGAGCGGGAUCCGUCCUACGAAAAGUAUCUGCAGAAGAUAGGUGUCAAAUACUUUGAUGGCAGCAGGUAUGAGCAGCGGAACAUUAUCUUUAGCGAUUUGCUGCAGCAGUUUUUUAUCGACCUGGAAGAGGACGAACUAGAGGAGGGUACUAGCGUGCACGGAGAGGUUGAUUAA